AUGGAGCCCGCUAUAGACAUAUCAUCCUCCGAGGAGGAGUGGGACAGCGACGAACUUGCGGGGUUUGAUGAGAUAGAGGAGAACAGCGAGCCCAUCGACCAGUAUGACACCAAAUUAUACUAUCCUCUGACCAUUGGGGAUGUUCUUGACGAGAGAUACAAAAUUGUGCACAAGCUCGGCUGGGGUGGUUGUUCCACUGUGUGGAUGGCCCACGACACGAGAGAAAGAAAAUAUGUGGCUCUCAAAAUUCUGACUUCGUCUCGCACUGGACAUACUCAUGGAGAGUCAGAUGCAAUUAAUGAGUGCCUGCAAGGCGAAAGGAAGUCAAAUCUGGUUACGUACCACAGCAUGUUUGAGCUUCCUGCCGGCAAAAACUUGCACGUACAUCGCGUCCUAGUGUUGCCAUUGCUGGGCCCGAAUCUUGAUCAAACUUGCUCGGAAAUGCCAAUGUCUACUCAUAUGCAUUAUCGCAUGUCUGCGGCAUGGCAAUUGUUAGUGUGUUUGAAGGAUCUCCAUGAAGCAAAAAUAGUGCACCGAGGAGCAGCAAUGUGGGGGCUGAAGUGCCUGGACGAGUACGACACGAAUGAAAUAUACAGACGCCUCGGUCAACCAAGACACUUUGGUCUAGGCGGGCUGUGGAAGCAAGGAGACCUUGUGAAGUCAAUGACGGUCCCUGAGACGUUGCGUGAGGACAAUAUCUGUCUCGGUGACUUUGGAAUGGCCAUUAAAGCUGAUACGGCAGUAAAUAUCAAGAUUCAAACGCCUGCCACAUUCUGUGCUCCGGAGAGAUUUCAUGCCACGGACCCAAGCUUCGCUAGCGACAUGUGGAGCUACAUGUGCAUUUUUGCAUGGCUUUAUCUUGGCUAUCAUCCUGUUCGCGGUGACGGAGGUGUUUCAGUUAUAUCUAGUAUGGUCAGUAUAUUUGGCCCAUUGCCUGAACGAUGGCAUGGUGAUUUUAAGUAUUAUGGCGAACAAGGUGAUAAUGGAUGGUAUGACCAGAGCAAGGCGCCUGUUGAGCACGAGAGCCUGAUGUCCAUGGCAGCCUGCAGGCAGCCUCCCGUCAGCACAGAGGAGCAGCAGUUGGUUGUGAGAAUUUUUGAGAAGGUGUUUCGCUAUGAGCCCACAUACCGCUGGACUGCUGUACAGUUGCUGGAGGACAUUGAUUUCAUAUGUCUUAUGGGACGUUAUAUUCCUGGAUUUGGAGGAUGA